GGUCCGAUAAGAUUUCUCAAGGCACCCUGCUUAUGGACCUCUUCAAUAGCACUUGCCUGACGUGGGUAAACAUCGCGAAGUCAUACAAUGAUCUUUCGGUCGUCUCCGGGGUUCUGGCACCAUCGAUCCUGCCUGCCGUGUCCAUGUUUCACGAAAGCCCUCAUGGCCGCAUCCGAUUGGAGGCAAGUAUAUGUUAUGGAAUUUCGGAGGGAAAGGGGAGCUUGGAUGUGCUAGAUGUCAGGAGCCGUAUCCCGAAUCCACCUGCUUGGAGCACCCUUGGUACGCCGUAUUGCAUAAUCAAGGCCCAUUCAAAUCGUUUUGGAAACAGCGGGCGUACUCUAUGCAAACCUAACUCUCAUACUUGUAAGCCUAGACUCCAUGAUGGCGAUAUUUUUCUUACUCAUCUCGGAAUGGAUUAUGAUCGAAAAUCGGGGUCAGUUUGGAUUGAAGGUGUUAGACUCAAGAUAGACUUGUCCGCGCACUGUCGAGUUUCAAAUGUCCUUCACAAUGAUACUGGAUCUCUUCUCGGGGAUUUAAACCAUAAAUCACGUUGGCGGGAUCAAGGUCAAUCGAAGCGUUUCCUUUGGAAACUAGGCCGAUCGUACGCACUAGUCAUCAAUGAGAAGGUACAAUGACCCGGCCGUGCAUUAAAAGUCUAGACCGUGUCGAUAUAACGGACAAAUUUCUAUAAUUGCACUGUAAGGUUCC